CUCUCUCUCCUGCUGCUUGGGCACAGCGAGAGCUCGAGAGUGGCCGAAGCCCAUUGGCUCGCUCCUCGCGUCCGCCCUGGCAAGACGGGGAAGUUCCGCUCCGGGAAGUUUCAAAGGCACAGAGGCAAUCUGUAUUUGCUAGAACUGUCUGGCUGAGGAUGUGGGUCCACGCUCUUGGCUUCACAGCCUUGCCCCAUCUUGGUGGAUUCCUGGGCUGGUUCUUCACUCGGAAGGAAGUGCCCACGUGGUUUGAAGAUCUGAAGAAACCGUCAUGGCGGCCACCCAAUAAAAUGUUCCCAGUUGCUUGGACUACACUGUAUACAGGCAUGGGGUAUGCUUCAUAUUUGGUGUGGAAGGACCUUGAUGGCUUCAACAGUAGAGCAGUUGUCCCACUGGGCCUCUAUGGAGCUCAGCUUGCACUGAACUGGGCAUGGACUCCUAUAUUCUUUGGAGCUCACAAGCUGAAGCUGGCCCUGAUCGACAUUGUGUGUCUUUAUGGGUUAGUGCUGGGCACUAUGUAUUCCUGGUACCCUAUUAACAAAACAGCAACACUGCUGAUGCUGCCUUACCUUGCCUGGCUGACCUUAGCUUCUUCUCUUACCUACCGUAUCUGGAAAGACAAUCCUGAAAAGGGAAAGAAGAAAGAAUAAUGAAGGAACUGGGGAAAUGGACAUAUUUGGCAAAA